AUGAGCCAAUCAAACCCGUCGAAUCGCGUCACCCAAUAUUCCGACGUCGCAGAACAUUCGGCGGCGGCUAUGAACCUCUUGGCGGAAGAGUACGAGUAUCUAGAUCCGACGCCCGAUGUCUGGUCGUUGUUCAUGGAGUACGACACGCUCUUCUUUGACGGCCACCUCCGUGGCUGCGAAAUCAAGUGGAGUCCGCGCAUGACGCUGUGUGCCGGUCUGUGCAGCUUCCAACCGGCGUCUGGCUUUUGCUCAAUUCGCCUCAGCCAGCCGCUCCUGAAGCUGCGUCCGAGGGCAGACCUGGUCAAUACAUUGCUGCACGAAAUGAUCCAUGCGUUUCUGUUCUUACACAGUCCUGUACGAGACCACGAAGACCAUGGACCUCAAUUCCAGUUCCACAUGAACCGUAUCAACAAGAUGGCUCAAACGGAAAUCACCGUGUUUCACACUUUUCACGACGAAGUCGACACGUAUCGCGUGCAUUGGUGGAAGUGCAGUGGACCUUGUCAGUCCAAACCUCCUUACUUUGGCAUGGUGAAACGUGCGAUGAAUCGACCGCCUGGUCCGAGAGACCCGUGGUGGGCCACACAUGCCCAAACGUGCGGUGGGUCGUACAUCAAAGUCAAGGAGCCGCCGCCCAAAUCGCUCAAAUCCAAAGCCAGCAAACUCAAUUCAGAUGCCCCCCCAGCCAAGAAAUGCAAACGUCCCCAGCCAUCCAUUGCCUCGUUCUUCCAACCAUCCUCCUCCGUUUCUAAACAAGUUGCCCCGGUGGCUACCAUCACUCCCAACCCAACAAAGCCAGAGCCAUCCGAUGGCAACAGCCACCAAAACUGGAUCCUCAUCGAUCACUCGCCCCAGUCCAAACCAACUCGAUCGACGAUUGACCUCACAACGAGCGACAACGACUCGGACUAACCUGCCGUUUGUGCUAGUCUAGUAGUUACUAGAGUACUACUAAUACUACUAGUAGUACUUGGUCUGUUGACAGGAGCAGCGUUGCUGGCGAUGGUUUGCACCUGGCGUCGCCUAUGGAUCGCUUACUAUGUAGUAAUGGGGUUGGAAC